UCAGUAGGUCUGUCUGUCUAGCAGGCGCAGUGUAGAGGGUGACAGUGUUGUGUGAGGUUUGGAAGUAGUCUUGCGUACGGGAUAAUUUUGGUCUGACAAUUUGCUAGCAAGAGGAUCAUCAUUGUAACAGGUAUAAUUCCCAUUUCUGGCUUCCACUAAACAUCUGGAACAGAAUGAAUACACUGAGUGAGGAUUUCUUGAAGGAACUGGAGUGCCCGGUGUGCAUGGAGUACAUGGCGUCUCCCAUCAUGAUGUGUAAGAGUGGACACAACAUCUGCAACAGCUGCAGGCCGAAACUGAAGGAGUGCCCCACAUGCAGGCAGCCCUUCCUCAACGUACGGAACAAAGCCCUUGAGAAUCUAUCUCUGCUGGCCAAGUACCCCUGCCCAUACAAGAGAUACGGUUGCCAACUGGUAUUUACACAGGAGCGUAUCACAGAACAUCAGACUGUUUGCCCUUAUCGUAGCUAUAAUUGUCCACUUUCAGAGGCGGAGGGAAUAAUGUGUAAGUGGAUAGGCAUACGAGAAGAUAUGAGAGAACAUAUUGAGGCACAACAUCGAAACAGACUGACACAAGUAGAUUUCCUGAAGGAAGUUUUAUUAAGGAAAUACAGACCUGAAAUUAAAUAUUCAAGAGUGAUUUUUGCUUGUGAUGAAGUAUUUUACCAGCAGUUUGAAGUGAUAGAUAAUGUUUUUUAUUUUGUAAUCCAGCAUAUCGGACCAGAAAAUUAUGAUUUGAAAUUUCAGUACAACUUCACAUUGGCAUCACAGGAACACGAGGAGUCUAUAUCGAUAUCGUUUGUAGCUCGGAGUUGCAAACUCGAUAUCGCGACGAUACAUCGAUCAGGACAGUGUGUAAAACUGUGUUUUGACACAGUCAAAAAUUUUCUUAAUGAAAAUAACAGUUUAAAAUUCGAGUUUUAUAUUAGGCAACUAUAACGUGAAGAGAUGUUUCACAAUCCUCCAACAAAGAGAUGACUGCGCAGAUAACCGAGUCUUAGCGACGUUAUUUGUGGAAGACGAAAACAUUGGCAUAAUUUCACGAGUGUCUUUAGUAUUUUGGAUUUGAGGGUUUUCACA